AUGACUUGCCGUCUUCAACACCCAGCGUUUGCUCGACUCCCGCUGAACUCAUCCCAUCCCCCUUCCACCAAUGCCGCCUCUGUCCCCAUUCCCAAGGAGCCGCUAAGUCUGGGCGGAUCGCUCCAGCUCCAAAGACGCGAUGGCAGUGUUCUCGCCGAGUCAAAUGCCGUCAAAAUCUCCGAGUUUCCUCCAGGACUCAUGUCUUUGCAUUUAAGUAGACUCUUUCUCAUCCCUCUAAGCUCGCUCCCUUCUCCGUUUACAAGUGGGUCUUUCGUUGAGACGCCGAUUUCUUUUGCUAUGGACGAGAAUAUGAAGCCCCGCGAGGGUGUCGAGGCAACCAGCGAUGCCUGUGAAAAGUAUGACAUUGUGAUCGUUGGGGCAGGUCCUGUUGGCUUGCUGCUCUCGACGUGCCUGGCACGGUGGGGAUACAAGAUUAAGCAUAUCGAUAUACGGCCUGAGCCUACCAAGACCGGUCGUGCGGAUGGUAUCCAACCUCGAUCCUUGGACCUCCUACGGAAUAUGGAUCUCAAGGCGGCCAUUAUGGCUCACAAGCCUGCCAAAGUCUAUGAGGUUGCGUUCUGGGACCCGACCUCCGCAGGCGAUGGGAUCCAUCGGACGGGGACUUGGGCGAGUUGCCCCAGCUUUGUUGAUGCGCGGUAUCCGUUUACCACCCUCUUGCACCAGGGGAUGAUUGAACGUGUCUUCAUCGACGAUUUGAACAAGAAUGGAGUCGACAUUCAGAGGCCAUGGACUAUCACAGGCUUCAAAACCGACGAGAAGGCAGACCCAGAGUAUCCUGUCCAGGUGGAUUUAGAGCACAUAGAUCGCAAGCAGAAAGAGCGCGUGAGGUCGAAAUACCUAUUUGGCGGAGAUGGGGCCCGGUCAUUUGUGCGGAAUCAAUUACAAAUCGCUGUGAAGCACAAGGACCCAAUUGCUUAUGUUUGGGGUGUCAUGGAUGGCGUCGUGAAGACGGAUUUCCCAGAUAUAAAGAUGAAAUGUACUAUACAUUCGGAGCAUGGCUCCAUAAUGGUCAUUCCGCGCGAAAAUAACCUUGUACGCCUAUAUAUUCAAAUCGCAUCUUCAACAGACAAAGACUGGGAUCCCCGGAAAACGGCCUCGGAAGAGGAAGUCCAAAAUUCGGCGAAACGGAUACUUGAGCCAUAUAGCAUCGAAUGGGAGCGGGUGGAAUGGUACUCUGUGUAUCCUAUUGGGCAAGGGAUUGCAGAGAAAUACACGCUUGACCAUAGGGUAUUCAUGGGAGGGGAUGCUUGUCAUACCCACAGCCCAAAAGCCGGCCAAGGCAUGAAUACGGCGUUCCUAGAUGCCCUAAACAUAGCAUGGAAGAUCCAUCACGUCGAGGGUGGGUUUGCAGAUAGAUCGAUCCUCCAAUCCUACGAAUCUGAGCGGAAGCUCGUCGCGGAAAACCUGUUGAAUUUUGAUGCAAAGUAUGCUGCCUUGUUUUCACAACAACCUCCGGCAGCCCAGCAUGUUGCUGCGGCAAACGAGCAGAGGGAUCAGAAGGGGGCCGGAGAAGAGGAGAACCAAUUUAUCAAGACCUUCAAGGAGUCUUGCGAGUUUACUAGCGGUUACGGAGUGGCGUAUGGCCCCAACGCCCUCAACUGGUCGCCAUCCCACCCGGCUCAAUCCAAUCUCAUCAACCCAACCGGCAACAAAUUACGCUCAGGGCGUUUACUUAUCAACGCCAAUGUCACCCGCGUUGUCGAUGCGAACGUGGUACACCUCGAACAGGAGAUACCUCUCAAUGGCUCGUUCCGAAUAUAUGUAUUUGCUGGGAAACCUUCCACAACCAAAACGGCAAUUGGCGAUUUUGCCCGGAACAUCAACAAGAAAUCGUCAUUCCUUACCUCCUAUCUCCGUUCUGAUAUCGAUACAGUAUCUCAUCAUGAACGGCACAACCCACAUAGCCACUUCUUCACCUUCUGCACAAUUAUUGCGUCCAGCAGGUCGGAUGUUGAGAUUUCGAGAGAUGUACCAGAUGUCUUGGCCAGGUACAGAGACCAUAUAUAUGCGGAUGAUAUAUGGGAUCCGAGGGCCCCAGAAGCGAAGGCCGCAGCCCAUGCAAAGAUGGGACUAGACGAAGAAAAAGGAGGUGUCAUUGUUGUACGACCAGAUGGAUAUAUCGGCAUUGUUACAAGCUUAGUAGAAGGAAGCGGGACUGUGGACGCGCUGAAUUCCUAUUUUAGCGCUUUCUGCACCAAGAAUUUGUCUGAGCAUAGAGCUAUUUUGUGA